UUCUUAUAUCUCAGCAUGUCAAAUACCGAAGUCGAGCACCGUGAAGAGGAGGAGGCUCCUGUCGGCGAGGACGAGGACACCGGAGCUCAGGUAGCUCCGAUCGUCAGACUCGAAGAGGUCGCCGUCUCCACUGGCGAAGAAAACGAAGAUGCUAUUCUCGAUCUUAAAUCUAAGCUAUAUCGAUUCGAUAAGGACGGGAAUCAAUGGAAGGAGCGAGGUGCUGGAACAGUGAAGUUCCUGAAGCACAAGGAAACUGGAAAGGUUCGCCUUCUCAUGAGACAAUCUAAGACGCUCAAGAUCUGCGCCAAUCAUUUGAUUCUACCUUCGAUGAGUGUGCAGGAGCACUCUGGGAACGAGAAAUUAUGUGUUUGGCAUGCCAGAGACUUCGCCGAUGGUGAAUUGAAAGAUGAGCUUUUCUGCAUUCGGUGCAUUUUGCUGUCGACGGAGACGGCGACGUGGGAUUGGGCGGCGAAGUUGUGGACCUCGUCGGGGAGAAGAAGGUAG